AGCGUUCAAUAAGAGAUACCCUUUGCCUUGGUAUCAUUCUACUUGUCUGGGUCACUUGGAUUGAAUCCCAUAUUCGUCUUUGUAAGUCGAACAACCUGAGGAAUAUUUCUUCCUAUUGUCCAUGGCUGUUUAUUUAGGCUUCCCCACCGCCUCCCCUCCCCCAAAUGCCUCAGCGACGCCACAAUUAUUCUAACUCAUACGUUUGCCCACCCCCCCCAGUUGACACUACACCAUGCAUAUCAAAGAGAAGCUCUCCCAAAAUGAGGCUGCCGGGAGACCAGGCAUCUCAUUCGAGUUCUUCCCUCCCAAGACGGCUCAGGGUGUGCAGAACCUAUACGACAGAAUGGAUCGCAUGCAUGCUCUAGGUCCUUCUUUCAUCGACAUCACCUGGGGAGCAGGCGGCCGCCUGUCGGACCUGACUUGCGAAAUGGUCAACGUUGCCCAAUCGGUGUAUGGCUUGGAAACUUGUAUGCAUCUGACAUGUACCGACAUGCCCGUCGAGAAGGUGGACGCUGCGCUCCAAGCGGCUUACAAGGCUGGCUGCACCAACAUUCUGGCUUUACGUGGAGACCCCCCACGUGAGAAGGAGAAUUGGGAAGCCACAGAUGGAGGGUUCCGUUACGCAAAGGACUUGGUGAAACACAUUAGGGACAAAUAUGGCAACCACUUCGACAUCGGCGUCGGAGGUUACCCUGAAGGGGCGGAUGACAACCCGGACGUCGAUCUUCUGAUUGAUCACCUCAAGGAGAAGGUCGAUGCCGGUGCUUCAUUCGUCAUUACUCAAAUGUUCUACGACACGGACAACUUCAUCAGUUGGGUCAAGAAUUGUCGGGACAGGGGCAUUUCCGUGCCUAUAAUUCCCGGUAUCAUGCCCAUCCAGACGUACGCUGCGUUUAUCAGACGUUCUGAAUGGACGAAGAUUCGCAUUCCGCCGGACUGGUUGGAAGCCUUGGAACCCGUCAAGAAUGAUGACUCUGCUGUCAGAAACAUCGGUAAGCGCCUCGUCGCAGAUAUGUGCAGAAAGCUCCUCGCGAGCGGUCUUAACCACCUGCAUUUUUAUACCAUGAACCUUGCACAGUCGACACAAGCAGUUCUUGAGGACCUCAAACUUUUGCCGUCUGAAGAGACGCCACUCCAGAGGGCCUUGCCUUGGCGGCCGUCGCUUGGUCUCAAUCGCAGAGGGGAAGAUGUUCGCCCCAUCUUCUGGCGGAAUCGCAACUCUUCUUACAUUGCUCGCACACAGACUUGGGACGAAUUUCCCAACGGGCGCUGGACCGAUUCUCGGUCACCCGCCUUCGGCGAGCUUGACAGCUAUGGUAUUGGUCUCAAAGGCACAAACGAGCAAAACAUUAAGCUGUGGGGAGAACCCAAAUCGCUGCGGGACGUCACCCAUAUCUUUCUCGAUUUCCUGGAAGGCAAGCUGGCGAGACUGCCUUGGAGUGACAGCCCAAUCACCGCCGAAGCCAACGCCAUUAAGGACGAUCUUAUCGCGUUGAACAAGAAGGGUAUCUUCACCAUCAAUUCGCAACCGGCCGUAAAUGGUGUGAAAUCCUCCCACCCGGUGUAUGGAUGGGGUCCCAAGAACGGCUAUGUCUACCAGAAGGCAUACUUAGAGCUUCUGAUUCCUUCCUACCUGCUUGACGAUUUGAUCGCACGCAUCGAAAAGAACGGUUAUCUCACAUAUCAUGCUGUUUCGAAGAACGGCGAUUUGCGGACCAAUACUAACGAUAGCCCCAAUGCCUUGACCUGGGGUAUUUUUGCGGGGCGAGAGAUUGUCCAGCCUACGAUUGUGGAGACAAUCAGUUUCUUGGCUUGGAAGGAUGAGGCAUACCGCCUCGGUGAAGAUUGGGCUAAGUGUCACGAUGCUUCCAGUCCCAGCAGAAAGCUGAUUCAGUCCGUUGUGGACGACUGGUGCCUAGUCAACAUCGUCAACAACGACUUCCACAACACCAGCAGUCUCUUCGACCUUUUCAAGGACCUGACCGUGAAGGAUCUCGACACCGAGGUUACUGUCGAGGACGGUCAAGUUAAGGGCCACCAAAACGGAGCCGCAAACGGAGCCAUCAACGGCACCGUGCCGAAUGGAACCAGCACUGAGCUUCCACUCAGGAAUUAAGGCUCUCUUCAAUCUCUUUUUCAAAUGCCGCUUUCAACAGGCAUCGCGACGGGCCCCCACCCGCAGUCUACGAUCAUGCUAUGCACUCCUAUAUGCAUCCAUUCAACCCAUCUUACGACUACUUAACUAAUUUCAACACUACGACAACUACACUUACACCUAAUUCAACAUCUAUCUAUUCUCAACGA